UGCUUGUAUGUUUCUUAUUUUCAGAUGGGACUACCAGCCAGAUAUAUGUAAAGACUACAAGGAGACAGGAUUCUGCGGGUUCGGAGACUCGUGCAAGUUCCUCCACGACCGCUCCGACUACAAGCACGGCUGGCAGCUCGAGCGGGAGGCGGCGGGGGGCGCGGGGGACGGGGCGGGGGGCGCGGGGGACUCCGACUACGAGGUGUCGAGUGAUGACGACCUGCCGUUCAAGUGCUACAUCUGUCGCGGCGCCUUCACGGAUCCUGUUGUUACCAGAUGCAAGCACUACUUCUGCGAGAAGUGCGCGUUGCAGCAGUACAAGAAGUCGACCCGCUGCUACAUCUGCAACGCGCAGACCAGCGGCGUGUUCAACCCGGCCGCCGAGCUGGCCGGCAAGCUGAAGAGACAGGGGGGUAGUGGGGGGGAGGAGGAUGAUGAGGAUGAUUGAUGAAUACAGAUGAUUAAAAGCGAAG